GUAUAAACGUUUGCUAGUGUAUAUAGGUUAUUUGAACUAUCAAACGUAUAAUUUCAUGCAUUUUGCCGUUUUCUAACAUAAAUAAAAAAUGAGCGAAAUAGAGAAAUUAGAGUACCUAUCAUUGGUAUCGAAAGUAUGUACAGAAUUAGAGAACCAUCUGGGCAUGAACGACAAGGACUUAGCCGAAUAUUUAAUACACCUUUCAGAAAAACACGAUACUGUAGAAAGCUUCAAGAAGGUUCUUAUUGAAAAUGGAGCUGAAUUCUCGGAUUCCUUUAUCACAAAUUUGCUCAGGAUCAUCCAACACAUGAGACCGAAGAAAGGGAAUGAGGGUGUACAGAGUAGCAUUCCACCUGAUAAGGACGAUUUGGCUGAAAAAUUUCCAGGUUUGGCUAUACCCAAUGCUGAGCAAAUCCCUCUCAGUGAUGAGGAGCAACCAACUGAAGAAAACAAAGAAGACACUGAUGUUGUGGCCGACUUGAUGGCCCAGUUUGAGGCCCAAGCACCUUCAGGCAGUAAAAGGGAGAGAAGCAAAAGUAGGGACAGGAAAAGAGAGAGAUCCAGAUCGAGAAACCGCGACAGGGAGAGAAGGAACAGGUCCAGAUCAAGGGACAGAACCAGGGACAGAAAAAGGGAGAGGUCCAGGGACAGGAGGAGACAAAGGAGUAGAUCCAGGGAGAGAAGGAGGUCAAGAGACAGAAAGAGAAGCAGAUCCAGGGAUAGGAAAAGGGAGAGGAGCAUUGAGAGGAGGCGACAUGAAGUUGAAAUGGACGAUGAUCCUGUUCCAGGGAAAAUAUACAAUGGGAAGGUCGCAAACAUCGUGCCGUUCGGCUGUUUCGUGCAACUUGAGGGGUUGAGGAGGAGAUGGGAGGGGUUGGUGCACAUCUCUCAGCUCAGGGCUGAGGGCAGGGUCACCAAUGUUUCUGAGGUGGUCUCAAGAGGCAACAAAGUUAAGGUAAAAAUCUUAUCAGUGACAGGACAAAAAGUCUCAUUAUCAAUGAAAGACGUCUGCCAGAUGACUGGUAAAGACUUGAAUCCAUUAUCACAUGCUCCUUCAGAAAGGGAGGACCGUGAUAGAAAUCCGGAUAGACCGACCGGAAGUACAUCUCAUUCGUUCAUUGUGCCUAUCAACAAUGAUGAGGGAGAAGAGGACUCAAGGAAACGAGUGACUCGAAUGUCGAGUCCGGAACGUUGGGAAAUCAAACAAAUGAUAUCGUCUGGUUGUAUUGAUAAAAGUGAGCUUCCCGAAUUUGAUGAUGAGACUGGAUUGUUGCCUAAAGAUGAGGAUGGAGAGGCUGAUAUUGAAAUAGAGUUGGUGGAGGAUGAACCGCCAUUCCUUCAUGGACAUGGAAGGGCGUUACAUGACUUAAGUCCAGUUAGGAUUGUUAAGAAUCCUGAUGGAUCUUUGGCGCAAGCUGCUAUGAUGCAGUCAGCUUUGGCCAAAGAGAGACGCGAGCAGAAAAUGCUGCAACGGGAACAAGAAGUCGACUCGCAACCGUCCGGUAAAAACAAAAACUGGAUUGAUCCCCUGCCAGAUGAUGAUUCCAAGGCGUCGCAAGCUCGAGGUAUUGGACUGCAAACCCAGGACUUGCCAGAGUGGAAGAAGCACGUAAUAGGCGGCAAAAAGUCUUCCUUUGGCAAAAAAACGAAUAUGACCAUCAUAGAGCAAAGACAGUCUUUACCCAUUUACAAACUUAAAGAAGAACUGAGAAAGGCUGUGACAGACAACCAAAUCCUGAUCGUAAUCGGAGAGACAGGCUCCGGCAAAACCACUCAAAUCACUCAAUAUUUGGCCGAAGCGGGAUUCGUGGCUAGAGGUAAAAUUGGUUGCACCCAACCCAGACGUGUGGCCGCAAUGUCCGUGGCAAAACGCGUGGCCGAAGAGUUCGGCUGUCGUCUCGGUCAAGAAGUCGGCUACACCAUCCGUUUCGAAGACUGCACGAGUCCCGAAACCAUAAUCAAAUACAUGACAGACGGUAUGUUGUUGAGGGAAUGUCUAAUGGAUCUCGACCUGAAGUCGUAUUCGGUCAUCAUGUUGGACGAGGCUCACGAGAGGACAAUUCACACGGACGUGCUGUUCGGGUUGCUCAAACAGGCGGUGCAAAAACGACCCGAGUUGAAGCUGAUCGUCACCAGUGCGACGCUGGAUGCCGUCAAGUUUUCGCAGUAUUUCUUCGAAGCCCCCAUUUUUACCAUUCCCGGUCGUACUUUUCCUGUUGAGGUGUUAUACACGAAAGAGCCAGAGACUGAUUAUCUAGAUGCCAGUUUGAUAACAGUCAUGCAAAUACACCUUCGUGAACCUCCAGGUGACAUCCUGCUGUUCUUGACGGGUCAGGAAGAAAUCGAUUCCGCCUGUGAAAUCCUCUACGAAAGAAUGAAGUCUCUCGGUCCGGACGUGCCCGAGUUAAUCAUCCUGCCUGUAUACUCAGCCCUCCCGUCUGAAAUGCAGACGAGGAUUUUUGAACCUGCCCCACCGGGCAGUAGGAAAGUGGUAAUUGCCACGAACAUCGCCGAAACGUCCCUUACAAUCGACGGUAUAUUUUAUGUGGUGGAUCCGGGCUUCGUUAAACAAAAAGUGUACAAUUCAAAAACGGGGAUGGAUUCGUUGGUGGUCACGCCCAUCUCGCAGGCGCAAGCCAAACAGAGGGCAGGACGUGCUGGAAGGACUGGUCCCGGUAAGUGUUACAGAUUGUACACGGAACGUGCGUACAGGGACGAAAUGUUACCGACACCGGUGCCCGAAAUACAAAGAACAAAUUUGGCAACGACUGUGCUACAGUUAAAAACCAUGGGGAUUAAUGAUUUGCUGCAUUUCGACUUCAUGGACGCGCCGCCUGUGGAGUCCCUCAUUAUGGCGUUGGAACAGUUGCAUUCACUCUCUGCUUUGGACGAUGAGGGAUUGCUCACAAGACUGGGAAGAAGGAUGGCCGAAUUCCCGUUGGAGCCCAAUUUAUCUAAAAUGCUGAUCAUGUCGGUUGCGUUGAAUUGUUCCGAUGAAAUUCUAACAAUCGUCAGCAUGUUGUCAGUACAAAACGUAUUCUACAGACCAAAAGACAAGCAAGCUUUAGCCGACCAAAAGAAGGCGAAGUUCAAUCAGCCUGAAGGUGACCAUUUGACUCUUCUCGCAGUCUAUAACAGUUGGAAAAACAAUAAGUUCUCCAACGCUUGGUGUUAUGAAAAUUUCGUUCAAAUUAGGACGUUAAAACGUGCUCAAGAUGUCCGGAAACAGUUGCUGGGUAUUAUGGACAGGCACAAAUUAGACGUAGUGUCAUCGGAAAGUAAUACGGUGCGGGUACAAAAAGCAAUUUGUUCCGGUUUCUUCCGAAACGCUGCCAAGAAAGAUCCUCAGGAGGGGUACAGAACACUUGUAGACAGUCAAGUUGUAUACAUCCAUCCUUCAAGUGCUCUAUUCAACAGACAACCUGAAUGGGUAAUUUAUCACGAGUUAGUACAAACAACAAAGGAGUACAUGAGGGAAGUGACAACGAUUGAUCCUAAAUGGUUAGUGGAAUUCGCCCCUGCGUUCUUCAAAUUCUCGGAUCCGACGAAGCUCAGUAAGUUUAAGAAGAAUCAACGUCUGGAACCUUUAUACAACAAGUACGAGGAACCCAAUGCCUGGAGGAUAUCCAGAGUGCGGAGGAGGAGGAAUUAAACUUUAUAUUUAUUAUGUAUUUGAAGGUGUUUUUAAGUGUAAAUAAAAUAAAAGUGUCAAAUAUCAACAAAUGUUUAAUAUUAAAACAAUUAUUCUCUAAAUAUAUUAUCUAAUCUAGUCCUUGUA